ACCGGUUCGGUACCGAUGAAUAGCUUCUUGGUCAUCGGUAUGGUACCAAUGAAUUCGCCUAUCGUCACCGAUGUUGAAACAAAAGGAGUCGAGCUGUUCCACCCCUGCUGAGACAUCUUCAGUGUUGUCAUUGAGUUCCGAAGAUGUUUCUGUGACACCGAAGGGUUUUAGAUGUUGCGUUAAAGAAACCAACCCGGCUCACGGACGGGGAAGAAGGUUUCACCUGUGCCAAAUGCUGGUAUUACCCUUCAUUCCCAUUCUGGCCCUUAUCGUUCAAACAGCGUUCAUCCUCAACAAUAUAAUGAUCCACAGACAAGAAGUUUUAGACGUCGAGUCACAGGUAACUACCGCUACCGAAUUGGGCAAAGUCGUGACAAAUUUACAACUAGAAAGAUCGGAAGUAGCAUUUUAUGUCUACACAAAUGGCACAGUUCUCAGCUCCAAUUUGUCGCAGAGAUUUGAAGCAACAGAUAGAGCUUUAGAAAACAUGAACAGUUGGCCUACGGUGGUUCUACCCCAAGCGGGAGGCGAUUACCAACAAUUAAAUAAAAGCCUAUUUCAAGACAGGCUGGACGAUUUUAGAAAAAGAAUUAGCCAAGAAGAGAGCAGCGUUUCCGAAGUUCUUCUGUGGUAUACAGCUGUUAAUGCAGUUCUUUUAGAACACCUUACCAACCAAAUAAAAGAAACAGAUAACAGUGGAGUUUGGAGAUUUUUAUUAGCAUUUAAGAGUCUUCUUCGGAGUAUAGAAAGCAUGGGAAUAGCGAGCGUUUAUGGGGUCAAUUAUUUUGGUAGAGGUUUUUUGCAUGGAAGCAGUUAUAUCAGUUAUGUACGACAUGAUGCUAUAGCUAAAGAUUUACUAAAUGGUUCAUUAACGUACGUUCCUUACCUUAAAAAUGUCUACAAAAAGCUUACAAAUGCUAUGAAAAAUUAUGGAACUAUAAAACACAAAUGCGAUAUAAUAAUAAGAAAUGAAAGACGAAAGCCUAAUAUAACAGAAGCUAUAGAUUAUUUCGAUUCAAUAGCUUCAUAUACCGACGAACUACGGAAUCUUCAAAAAGAACUGCGUCAUGUGAUACGGGAUUACGUAAAUGAAGAUUUGCGAAUUGCCGCUAAUAACGAGGCUCUUGGGAUAGCAAUAUUAGUAGUAGUAUUAGCUGUUUCCCCAGUUAUAAUAUGGCUUGUAAGAAAUGCUGUUGCUACAAUACAGCUUUAUGCAGCAAACUUGGCCACAAAGGCGAAAGAAUUGAAGAGAGAAAAGAAAAAAAGCGAUUCCUUAUUGUUUCAGAUGCUACCUCCGAGCGUAGCUACACAAUUAAAACAAACACGACAGGUUCCAGCUGAAUUUUAUGCUUCGGUUACUGUGUACUUUAGCGAUAUUGUGGGAUUUACCGAAAUUGCCGCAGUUAGUACGCCCCUGGAGGUGGUUACAUUUCUAAAUAAAAUCUAUAAACUUUUCGACGCAAGAAUUGAAUGUUAUGAUGUUUAUAAAGUUGAAACCAUAGGCGACUCGUACAUGGUAGCAUCGGGGCUUCCCGUUAAAAAUGGGCAUAAACAUGUUUCGGAGAUAGCAAGCAUGGCCCUUGACCUUCUGGCUGGUUCGACUCAGUUUAAAAUUCCCCAUAGGAAAUCAGAAAAACUUCAAAUAAGAUCGGGGGCGCACACUGGUCCUGUAGUUGCUGGUAUAGUGGGCUCCAAAAUGCCCAGAUAUUGUCUUUUCGGUGACACGGUCAACACUGCUUCCAGAAUGGAAUCAACUGGUGAAGCAUUAAAAAUUCAUAUUAGUUCUGAAAUGAAAAAGGCUUUGGACGCAAUAGGGGGUUACAAAACGGAGCACAGGGGACUCGUGGAAGUAAAAGGUAAGGGGCUUCUAGACACUUACUGGUUGACCCAGAAGGAGGGUGGUUUAAACAGGAUAGUCGAAAUGGAAGCACCAACAUACAUGCAGGAUGAAGAUGGAGAACCUGUUUUUAUGAGAAGAAUUAGAGAAGAAUAUGUACUCUGAAUAAUAAUCACCCUGUAUUAAUUAGAACUUUUUUAUCUUAAUGCUUAACUGUCUAUAAAUUGUAAUU